GUGUGGCUAACCAACGAAAUGAGUUUACCGUUUAUAGUACUCCGGGUGAUUGCAUCGCUAUAUCUCGCCACAACUAUGGCGCUAGCAGUAUCUUGGUCCAUGCCUAAUUGUCCAUCAAUGUGUGGAAACGUCACAAUUCCGUAUCCUUUCGGUAUUGGCCCUUCGUGCAGUUUCAAUUCGUCCUUCGAAAUCAACUGCACCAGCCAACAAAACUCCACCGGGGUAGUAGUACCAUUCUUGAACAUCAUAAGUAUGGAAGCACUCAAUUUUUCCGUGCAUGGUACUGUCACAGUGAAGAACCCGGUUACACCAAUGAAAUGCUCCGAUACGCAAGAAACGCACCACCUAGUUAGAUCACUGGAAAAUAGCCCAUUCACCAUCUCGGGCGAAUACAAUUCGUUGGCUGUUUUGGGGUGUCAGAAUUCGGUGUGGUUGCGUGCUAACGCGACAACCACGGUUGGUGGAUGCAUGGCCAUAUGUGAUGCCAAUUCUACAGACACCAGUUGCAAUGGUGCGUGUCAACUGUUGCCAGACAAUAAUCCCAUCUCGGCUACAUGA